AUGUCAUCAUCGCUCGGAGUGAAUGAAAUUCGAUCCAAUCAAGAAAUUCAUUUCUGGAAAUCUUUCGACAUUGAUCGAUGGUAUCCUUUGGUUAUGGCAUCAUCCUCUCUACAUCAUGAUCCGAAGGAAGGAAAAAAGAAAAAUCCAUUGUUAACAUUUCCGACACAUUUCAUUCCUCUCUCAUUGGAACAAAUUUAUCUUGUUUAUAAAUUCAUGCAAGAUCAAACUCGAAUGAAAGAAUACAAGAGAAGAAUUAGCAUGCAAUUGGGAGCAACUUCAUUCCACCACGUACAAGAUUUAUUUCAAGAUUCCGAACCUGUCAUUCGAUACAUCAUUUCGGAAAUGGAAAAAUAUUUUUCUGGUCCAGAUGAAUCAUUGUCACAGGAUGAAUUCUGCCAACAUUCACACGACAUGUCGAUCGUUUCAAAAAAGAGCAUCCGAAAAGCAGUGUUUUUAAGAUUAAGUGGAAACUCUCCAAAAGAUAGUGCUGAGCAUCGAAAGAUGAAACGAAAUCAAGAACAUUUAUAUCAACAAUUGGUGAAACAUGUGGCAUUGAUUGAGGAAUACAUGACACUCCAAAAUGCGUAUCGAACCCAUACGCAAGAUUCUAUUCCUUCUCGUUUUUUCAAAAUGCAAAACGAAUUAUUUAAAAUUUUAAGAGGAGAAUUUUCACAAUUGUUGAAAGUCUCCUCCAAUGACAUUAUGUAUGGUGUGAAUUUAAUUUUGAUGAGUAAGAGAAUUCGAAGAGGUUUUGAAUGGAUUUUAACAAAUUAUUACCACCAUAAGGACUCUUCUUUGAAUUAUACAUAUAUUGCACUUCGGGAAUGGCAUGACAAUGUUGACUUAAGAAACGAGUUUCGAUGUUUUGUUCAUAACAAGAAAUUGGUAGCCAUCUCUCAAUAUGAUCAACAUGUAUUUCAUCCACAUGUGUGCGAGCACAAGGAGGAAUAUGUUGGAGCUGUGAAAGAAUUUUUCGAGAAUGCAUUGAGUCGACGUUUGGAAGCUCAUUUUGAAUCCUAUGUCUUUGAUGUGAUGGUGGUGUUGAAAGGCGAAAGUACGUGUCAUGAUGAUACCUACCCGUCACGUGACGAAUAUGGAUUCAUAACAUCUUCGUCCUCUAAGGUUUAUUUAAUCGAGUUGAAUCCAUAUGAUUACCACAGUUCUGCAUGCUUAUUCAAUUGGAAGACUGAUGCUUCUAUUUUAUAUGGAUCAGACGAAGAGGUUGCGAUACGAGUGACCACUCAAGAAGUUCAAAAGUUUGAUCACCUUUGGGAAUACUUGGAUAUUUUGCAAAAGGUGUUGGAUCGACGAAAACAAGAACAGUUGCAAAGAUUGUCAAUGUUAGGGUUGUGUGUGGCUUCGUUCUUGGGUGGAUGUCUUUUUUGUAAAUAUUUUCUCGGACGCUCGUCAACACACACGCAAUGA